UAUUUAAUUUAUGAGUAAUAAAACAAAUUUAAAUCAUAACUGCAUUUGAUUAGUUUAUCUUGUUUUCGGAUUUUUUUCUGAAUUACACCCAAAUUAAGCUCUGGUGUAAAAUCUUCGAAUUCUUCAAAUUUAUAUAACAUUACAACAUAUGGGGAUAAUAGGUGAUGGAAUGAAAGAAUGAAGGUGCUGAGAUGUUGGUAGAAAUGCUUUGGAUUCUCCUUCAGUGCUGUUCUUUGGGAGGGAUGCUCGUCGGCUCUGUAAGAGGAUGUAGCUCUCCACUGGGUCUAAUGACAGGUGCAGUUCAAGAUUGGCAGAUCAGUGUCAGUUCAUCGUCCGACCACCGGAAAGAUCCCGGAUGCCAUAUGCGCUACGCCCGGAUAUACCAACCUCCGGGCAGAGCCUGGUGUGCGGGACGAAAGGCCGCCAUGGAAUGGAUUCAAGUCGAUCUCGGAGUUUCAGCCAUCGUAACGGGAAUGAUGACACAAGGACGAGGUGACGGACAUCAAUGGGUGACAUCGUACUUCUUGUCAUACAGCUUGGAUGCUUAUCAUUGGAAAUAUUGCUCUGAUAUGUACAGCAAUCGGAAGACUUUCAAGGGUAAUAUCGACUCUCAUUCCACCCAAACAACUUACCUGGACCAGAAUGUAACUGCGCGUUUUCUCCGUCUUCACAUUUUGCAAUGGCAUCAACACCCGAGCAUGCGCAUCGAGGUUUUAGGAUGUCAAGAUUGUAAUUCCAUAAUCAGUGUUCCACCACAGGCCCAGCUCUCUGCAUCUUCAUCGAGACCGUGGAGCAAACAAGGUACCUGUACGCCAGAAGAUGGCCAUAUCUACAGUCAUGGAGGAUGGUGCGCUAAGCACAGUGAUACUCGGCAAUGGCUCCAAAUAGAUUUAGGACCACCUACAAGAGUAACUGGAAUUGUCACCAAAGGACGAGGAGAUAGUCGACGAAAACAAUGGGUGACAUCUUUCGCAUUGUCAUAUGCUAAUAGUACUAAUCACUGGCACUAUUACAAAGAUGACAAUCUGGUCAGUCCAAAGGAAUUCGGAGGAAACAUGGACAAGAAUACUGAAAGAAGACAUUAUUUCAAUCAACCGUUUACCGCAAGGUACGUCAAAGUACAUCCGUUGGCGUGGAGAGGGAAGGUCAGCAUGAGGCUUGGUCUGAUUGGUUGCCAACUGAAAGGAGAGUGCGGUCAAGGGUUUUUUCGAGUACACACCGAUUCUGAAUGUGUGGAGAAUCUAGCUUACAAGAAAGAUACUUGGGUGAAUGACAAGAGACAUUCUUGGAUGGGAUGGAAGGAUGGACAUUCAUCCUAUGCUGUGGAUGGUGAUGAGGACACUCACCUUCGACGCUGUGCCAUCCUGGAUAACUACUACGUUGAUUAUCCUGUUUGGAUGGUAGACUUAGGACAUAAGAAGCAAGUCAGGGGUGUGGUCAUCAUUACCUGGCAAGGCAGAGGUGAAGAUCGCACCAAUGUGUAUCGCGAAUAUUUAUACAAUCUGGAGAAACUGACUGUCUUUGUGGAGGAUAAACCUAGGCUAGAAACCAGCUCCAGUGGUUCUAAGUGUGCCUCUAUAUCCAGGCUUAAUAACGCUCUUUUCCGAAGAACAUUGCAUUUCGAGUGUCCUAGCCAUCUGAUAGGCAGAUAUGUCUACGUAAAAGCUUACGGAGUUCCGCGUUGGAACAGACUGUAUUCUGCCAUCCUUUGUGAAGUUAGAGUCUAUUAAGAAUUUUUUAUAAUCGAUUUGAUCACGAUGUGUUUACAAAGAUGAAGAUUAUUGUUUUUUUCAGCUGCAGUUUUCUUUAAGAAGAACUGUUGAAAUUUUAGUCCGCAUCAUCUUUGUAGGAAGUAUAAAUAUCACAUAAAUUAAAGAGAAAAUUGAUAUCUCGCAGCUAUGAAGAAAAGUAAAUUUUAGACUUUAAUAAACGGAAACCAAAUGGACAACGACUAAGGAAUGCCCUUUGGUUACAUACCAGUAUAUUAAGAACUUGCAUUUUUCUCAUUUGAAUGUAUUUGCAUAACUAUGGCAGCAGAAAUUCAUUUGAGACAUAUUACUAAAUUACAUGCUUUUCUGUACACGAUUUCGUGUCCGGAACUUAUCUACUAAUGUAUAAAACAUAUUUCUUUCACGUGAAACUAUGUAGCUUCAGAAGUUCAAUAGCAGUUUAGAAGCUUUGUGCCCUAUGUGCGUCAAGAAGUCAUCUCAUCAAUUCAUUCUCCUUGAAUAAUCAAAGGACUUGUUUUCAUUGAUACCGGCUCAUAAAUUAGACUUUUGACCACUUUAAAUGAUAUUCUUCACAAAUUCAUCGAAUAUUUUCAUCAUUAAUUUUUUCUUUAAAAUUUCAUUGUUGUCGUCAGUGUAAAAUGAACGUUCUUUUGCUUCACAUUUGCUUAACUCGUGAAAACUUCAACUCAUCCUUCAGAAGUUUUCUCCCUUAUUCAAUCAACAAAGCAUUCUAAGUUAUUCAAUCAGCAAAACAUUUGGCUUCGUGUUUUUUGUGAUUAUUCCUGCUACCCAAAUAGAACUUGAAACUUUUGUUUUCUAAACUUAAAAAUAAUAUUGAUGUAAGAAGCGUCCUAAGUGCUGUCUUUCUAAAAUGUUUCGAUAAAUGCGUUACAUUACCAAGAAUCAUCCUUCACUUACCUUGGCAUAGCGCAGAACCUAAGAUCUUUAACUUACCAUCUACACCUUUGAGGACACCAGUUCUAAAAGUAUUGCCAUUUUGAAAAACAUAACAUCUUUAAUUUAUCUUUCAAAUUUGUUGCUUUCGAAUGCUUAAAAAACGUAUAUUCCUUAAUUAUUUAAACUUUUUUGUUUAUGAAUAAUGCGUACAUGUAACUAAUAUCAGUUUAAGUAUAUCGAAACACAUUAUUGUAAUUGACAAAAGACGUUUCUAACGCCCUAAAACUACGCAUUUAAUGUACAAUCGUUUGAUUUUUCAGAGUAAAUGCUUCCAUCAAUCGAACUGUUUUUACUUCACUAAAAUUUUUGAUUACGCUGAAAUAUAUUUUAUUCGUGUUUCUGCAAAUUAAACGUGAAAUUUCCUGAUAUCUUUCCAUACUUAUAAGUUUCUUGAUAUCUACCCUAACCUAUAUGUUUAUCACGAAUUACCACAAUAAAUUCAUUAUUUUCCAUUUUAAUUUACUUUUGAUCUAGAAUUAUAUAAUUAUAUGAUCUAGAAUAUGAUCAAAUUGGAUUAUGUUUCCUUAGAGUUUUAAGUUCCUUAGAUAUUUUUCUAUCCAUAAAAUUAUGCAUUUUUAUUGAUUUUUAUUUGUCCAUAAGAAGCCAAUUAAUAAUUAUUGUAUUUCCCGAAAAUGUCUUAGUUAUUAUUAUUGUCUCUUCUGAAGUCAUGAAAUCAUUUCCUAUGUUCUGAAGUCAUAUAAUCAUUCCUUAAUUAUUCGCAUCAAAGCAUUGGAUGAGUCCGCUUAAUAGAAUAAAUGUUUUCACUAAUUACAUUUUGAAGAAAACUAGCUGGUACUUAAUGUGACAGAAAUCAAUGAAAGCCUCAUGUAAAUAAACCUUUAAGCAGCUGAUUACAGAACUCGGGACGAACUACCAUUUUUUUUGCCUGUUUGCCUGGAUUACUAAUAUCAAACAUAAAUUAUGUUAUGCAUAAAUUGCUAAGUCAUAGAUACUACUUACCAUUAAAAAGUAAUAUUACCUGAAAAUUUAUGCGCCAAGAACCAGUUAGUUAAAUUUGGUACGUUGUUUCUUUUUACAUAUCAUAUUGAGUAACAAUAACAAAUAAAAGAUUUUUCCAGACUAAGAAUGAACGUCAGUAUUCGAUUUCUUUUUUAGAUUUUCUUUAAAUUUCAAGCUUUCAAAAAAAUCUACCAGUAUUAAUCUAUGGUAUUAUAACAAUUCCAUCUAUCUAAAGUUUUUACUUUUAUCUUACGAAUUAUUUUGCUUCAUUUUAAUCGGCAUAUUUUGCUCAAAUAGAGAGCGCUACACAUUUUUCAUGUUUAAGAAGUAUUGUGCACUUACAUUAUGAACCAAUACCUUUGAGCAGAAUAAUUUAUUCAUGAAUAUGAGAGAACUCUUAUUUCUCUCUCGAAAUCCUUUUCCACUAAAAUCAUCGAUAAACAAUGGCUGUAUAAUAAUAUCUAUCUAAUCUUUUAUAACGUAAAAGGUAAAAUUUUACUUUAUAAAGUAAACAUUUUACGUUAGGUAAAAAUUCAAGAUUUUGAGUAGGAAAUUAUGAUAAUAAUUUAUCGUAUCGUUAUAUCAUAAAUAUUUCAUAAAUUAUUCAUUUUUAAUGAGAACAAAUUCUUUUUUUCAUAGUGUAGGAAGUAUUUCAUUAAUUUUAAUUAUGCAAAAUAUUCGAGUAGGUUAACAUUCCUUCUAUGUAAACGCAUCCAAGUUUAUUCGCAUUUACUAAGGUAGAUUUUAUUCGGACAAAAAGUAUAGACAAUAAAAACUGUAAUUCAUAUCAUAAAGGAAAAAUCAUAACUGAAGCUUCAUUAAGAUAUUACUGAGACAUCUUAAGUGAUGAGUGUUAAAUAAAAUAAAAUUAAAAAUUCAUCAGAACUUUAUACCAGAAGUCUUUGAAUGUCUUUGGUACCAAUAUUUGACAGUUUUUGGUAAAAGAAAUUGAGGAUCCUUCGACUACUAGAGACAAUAGGGAGGACCUGUGUCAUUUUAUGGAACUGAAAGCUCGGAUAAAGCGAAUGCCCAUUUUUAUUUUGGAUUUAAAAUAAUUGAAGUAAAAUAAAUCUCUAAUUUUCAUAACAUAGUACCACAUUUUUAUCUUAGUUAAUUUAGUCUUACACAAAAAUAAAAAUGCAUGUUCAUUCUAAUGACAACUUGCCAUAUAUAGAAAAAACGAUGAAGGAUGUUAUAUAUACAUAUGAAAUUUCUUUUUAAAAUUUACGUAAAAAUUAAUUUCAAAUGUGAACUCGAUAAAUUACUAGAUCGAUAUAUUUAUGUGUUGCAUUUAGUGAUAUACAUGGUAAUGUGAAAGCACUUAAGCUUCAGAAUAAAAUGUUAAUUGUAUUUUGUUGUAUUCGUGAAAUUAAUGCUAGAACAAAAAUGCAAAUGACCAAAUGUUUAGAGCAUAAUUAGUAUUCUAUUAUUACAGUCGGUAGUCGGUUGAGCUCCCUCUAAUUUUCUAGCCCGUCAGAAAUCGUUUUAAAAUUAAGUUUUUGCAUUUAUUUAAUGUAAUUUUAUUCUACUGUUGCUGCAUCUUAAAUAUAGUAAUUACUUUUAAUUCUUCUUUGGAUCUCUUUUUUCACAUACUUCAUUUUUUGGUGUCUCAGAUAUUUUUUCAGUAGGCUUGAAAUCUAUAUGGAUCUACUGUGGACAGUUUAGUAACAUCUGUUUUAUAUUCUUUUUAGCAUUGGUUAACAUUUUGAGACCUAUGGCAAGAAAUCUUGUCAUUCAGAAAUAUAAAUGGCUUUCAACAAAUUUUUGCUCAAUAACCGGAAGCAAAAGAUAAGCUUUGUUAUUUGCAAAUAGAGAGCCCAAAAUUUUACUAGUCUCUACUUAUUAAAUGCAACUUAAAAUCAUAAUUCCGAAAGAAUGUUUAUGAAUAUAAGAUAUGGCGCAUAUAUGAAGUAUUUCUCAAACUUUACAUGAAACGUGAUCCAGCAUUAUCGCCGUAACUGAUGCAUUAUCUACGUUCAUCUGGAAAAAAUUUCUCUUUCAAUUUACUUUUAUUUUGAUCCUUUUCAAAUGUGACUUUGUGUGAUUUUGAAUAAGGGAUGAUUUGCAGGAUCCGUAUUACAGGCAACUUAAGCUCACAUUACUUUCUUUUUGAAAUAAAGCCUGAUUAACUUGCAAAGUGCUUUUAAAAUUUUUAUCUUCCGCAUGUUCACGUCUUCUUGUUAAAUUUAUUAUUCUGAAUCUUCCAUUUAGUUUAUUCAAAAUACUAGCACAUCAUGUUAUAUCUUUUAAUAACUUAUAUGUAAGUGGCAUUUCCAUCUGUAAAAGCAGUGAGCAGUAGCCAUUCAAUGUUUAAUAAUAAAAAAAUUGAAAUCCUAUAUUUUUAAAUAUAAUUUCGCGGCUAUUUAACAAUGAUAUGUGGAUUUCAUUUCCCGAAGUUAGAAAAACAUAUUAUUAAAAUUAAUUAUUGGUGAUCCUAUAUUUUUCAUCUUUAAGUUUGUUUUUGUAUUCAGAAUUAUGUAACCAUAGCUUUUAAGUGAAAUCUUAAUUUUAAGUGAAUCUUAAGUGAAAUCUUAUCUUUAAGUGAAAUCUACAUCUUUUCAUUAACAGGUUUUUAAGUGCCAUGUUCAUAGCUAACAAUUAAAAAUAUCUUAAAUUAGCUACCUCAUAAACAAUAAUUAAUAUUUAAAUUUUGUAUUUUUGCUAACUGAAAACAUGAUCUAAUAUCCACCGCGUCUAUGGAGUAAUCGAACAAACGGGAAUGGAGGAACGUAUAAAAAUUUAGAUUUCGUGCUUUUUCCAAAAUUGAUAUCUUGAAAUUUAAAGAUGCCGAAACAUGUAUAUUUGUAUCAGUUAAAACAUUUUUUUUUAGUUCGAAGUGUGUACCUACGACCAACGGUUGCGAAAAUUAAAGCUGGGGAAGAAUUUUUUAGAGAUGGAGUAUAUUGUUCUAUUUGUUUGUAUCUUUGAUAUACGUAACUUAUUGCGCAGGUAAUAUGUCUAAUAGUUUCAAAAAUAAAAGCAUAUGUACUUUAGAAACUUAACAUAAUUUAUGUUACAAGUUAUUAUUACUUUGUACUAUCUUAAAAUUAACCUUAAGAACUUUUGUUUAAUGCUAUUGUUCAUUUUAACGCCACAAUGCUCCGGAAUCGCUUCAUCAAACUGCCAGCAGAUUUAAGUUCUUUCUGCUGUCAAUCAUGCGGAAGAGUUGCCUGAAUGAUAUUUGGGCCAUUUGUAAAGAAAUGUGUGAAUUUUUCAGCAUUCGGGACAAAACUUUUAUAAGCUGUAACAAAAAUAAUAUACUGUAUAGAGUUUUUUUCCAGUUUAUUAGAAUUCUGUUGCUUAUAAUCUGUUUGUUGUUGACUUAACUGUUUAAAAAAAAAGGAAUAAUUUGCAUUAUCUGUAAUUUCAGCUGUUGUAUAGAAUUUCAGACAGUAUUCGUUUUCGGCCAAAGUUUAAAUCAAUAAAAAUGAUCGGUAUUAUAAACAUAUUUAUCAUUUGAUGUUUUGUCCUAUUUGCUCCCCUCUGAUUAAAUCCUAGCAAAUACUGAUAAGUCUUAGCACAUAUGAAAGACAUCAAUUUAAAAUUCAUCUCGCACGGUAGGCAAAAAUUUAAGCAAUGAAUAGUUCUUUAAUUCUUAAAUCAUAUUACCUGUCAUAUAAAUAAGAAUAUGCCUAGAAUGUCGGAUUCUUUAGCACUUUGGGUGAGAAACAAAUCUUUUGAAUUUCCUUACCUUUUUGCACUUUAUUGGCUGUGUUCUUUACUUGAGACAUGGUAGUACUUGGGUAGGAGCAUAGUUUUGCGCAAUUCCAAUGCUGCUGUUAGCAUGACAUAUGAAACCAGCUUAAUUCAAAAUAUUACAGAAAUUGAAAAGGAUUUGGAUAAAAGUGCAUUUAUAUAUUUGGAAAAUGGAUGAAAAGUGUAUAUUUUGGAAAAGUGUAUUUUAAAUUAGUCUUAAAGUUCAUAAACAAAAAAUAUCUCUGUAGUCAAUAUUUGUGGAUACUAAAAUGAACAUUCAUGUGAAAAAGAUUAAGAGUGGUUUAAAGCCAGUGAAAAUUAUGUUUCAGAAUUUUUUCCUUGUUUAUUUUUUAAAAUAUCAUUUUGUUGUAGGAAUAUGUUAUAAUCCUAUUUAAUUUAUAAACUUAUUAUGAAAAAAAAAAUCAAUUUAAGUUAUUCAAUGAGUUUUUAUAAAAUAUUG